AUGGCCACUACAACCGCAACAUCAAAUAUCCCAGUCCCACAGGUUCCCAUUCCUGCAGACCAGAAAGCAAUCUUCACAGUCAUCAAUACAUAUGUCCACACCUACAUGUCCCAAUACGACAACUCCCACGACUACCAACACAUCCUGCGCGUAGUCUCCAACGCUAAUCGCAUUCUCCAAGACGAGAUCAAGACCAGCCCAUCUACUUCCUACGACACGACCAGCCUCUUUCUCGCCGCUCUCCUUCACGACGUCGGAGACCACAAGUACGCCAAGCCUGGCGAGGACGUUGAAAGCCAGGUUUGCAAUGUCUUGCUCGAGCACGGCGCAAGCUUAGACCUCGCAGCCAAAGUCCAAACCAUCGUCAAGCACGUCAGCUACUCGAACGAAGUCCGCAACCCGCAGUCCGUCAUCGACGUCCUCACGCAAUACCCCGAGCUGGCUAUCGUGCAAGACGCAGAUCGACUCGAUGCUAUUGGUGUUGUGGGAAUCGGGAGGGCCUUCUCGUUUGGAGCGGCGAGAUUCCCGGACCAGGCCAUGGGAAGGGCGAUUGAACAUUUUGGAGAGAAGCUGCUCAAGCUCGAGGGAAUGAUGAAGACGGAGGCGGGUAAGAGGAUGGCGAAGCGUAGGACGGAGGUUUUGAGGGAAUUUGCCAGGGAGUGGAGGGAGGAGGAGGGGUUGAGCUUUGAGCUGAACUGA